GUGCCGAGGACGCGGAGCAAAAGGAGAAAGGGCAGGCUCCGGGAGAAAUGCAAGGGGGCGGGCCGGCCGGUGGCGGGAAAACGUCCCCGAGCUGGGGCGGGCUUGACAUGUGAUUGACAGGCCAGACACCAAUCCAAGGGCUGGGGAGGCCGCGGGGCGGGACCUGGCCGUGAGCCGCCGGCCGCGGGGCGGAUCCGCCGGCCGUGCGAAGCGUGAGUUCCUUACGUUGUAGUGCCUGCUGGUCCCUGCAGCGCUACCGAAUGUGCCGUUACCUGUCCCCCGCAGGUGAGGAAACAGGCUCAGGGAUGUGGACUUUAGCACGGAUACAGCCGGGAUCCCACAUUGGGCAGUCUGACCCCAGAGCCCUCCUGCCGCCCGGGGGACCAAGGUGGAGCAGGAGGAGUGCGAUGGCUGGAAUGGACCAGCGUGUGGGAGGCAGUGCCGAGAAAAGUGGAGAGAAAUGUUAGACCAGUGUGAGAGCUCUGCGGGCGGAGCUGGGAGGGGGACAGAAGCAAGAUGCGAAUAUGGGGUUGGGGCCAGCUCCGGAUUCCCAGCAGGUGCGCUGGAGCCGGGUCGUCUCCCAGGUGUGUGACGUUAAAGCACUUUAGGAGGGGGACAGUAGGAUGGUACCUGGACAUGGAUGUCUCAUCGGCUCAGGCUGCCAUAACAAAACGCCAUAUACUGGGUGGCUUAAACAAUAGAAACUUCUCUCUCCCAGGUCUAGAGGCUGGGAAUUCAAGGCCACAGUCCUUAUAAGAGUUUAGGACCCCACUCUUAGGACUUCAUUUAACCCUGAUUACCUCCUUCAUUUCAUGUUAAUUACUCCCUAAAAGCUCUCUCUGCAGAUACAGCCUCACAUUGGGGGUUAGGGCUUUAACGCAUGAAUUUGGAGGCGGGGCGGGGGGGGGGGGGACACGAUUCAGACUGUAGCAAUAGUUUGUACCCAGGCAAAUAAAUGAUCAUCGAAGACUGAAGAAAAUGAGCACUUUCAGGACUAACGUGCCCCUGAGAUGCUCUCACAUAUCUUAGCCCAUUUAAUGAGCAUGAGAUUUGCCUUCGCAUUGGUGGGGAGUUCUAGGGAGAACUUGGGUGGGAGCUCGUGUCCACGCAGCCAGCCUGAAGAGGUCGGGAAAAGUUCCACCAAACAUCCUUAAUAGCACUUAGUAUAUCCAUUAUUCAUGGAUUUAGCUAAACCCUUCUUUUAACUUACGGUUUAGCUUGUGCUGCUCCUGGAAUAAUGAGAUCCGUAAUUACCACCCACGGAGAAGUGGAAUAAUAAUUACUUUUGUUCUGUAUUGUUUCGUGUUGUCAUUCUAAAGUUUGGUAACUGAGUCUUUCCACCCUACUUACCCUGGUGGGAGGAAGAUCAGAAAUCCACAGCUUGGAGGCAGAUGUGCUUUCAAAUCUUGGAUUCAAGCCCUUGCUGAGUGACUGUGGGCAAGUCACUUAACCUUUCUGAGGUUCAGUUAUUUCAGCUGUAAAAUAGAGCUAAUAAAAAUCCUGGCCACAUAGGGUUGUGAGGUUAUAUGGAAGCAGUUUGAAACCAUUAAAGAACUGGCCCUCGGCCUAAAUAUUUAAGUCAUAGACUUUUUCUCCCCACCCCUCUGAGGAGCAGAAACCCGCCCCACGGCUCCCACCUCAAGCUGGCCAUUCAUUCAUCAAAUUGUUCCUGAAUGCCUGCUGAGUGCCGAAGCACCUGUUCUGAAUGCUGGGGGAAGAACAAGACGGACAAGGCUCCUCCUUUUAUGCUAUUCAUAUUCUAGUGGGGGAGGACAGUAAAUAAGUUCGCAUAGUGCUAAGACCUAUGAACAAAAGAAAGAGUACUUCAGAUCAAUGAGAUAAAAAAGUGACUUCAGCCGAGUGGUGUGUGUGUGUGUGUGUGUGUCUGUGUGUGUGUCUGUGUCUGUGUGUGUGUCUCUGUGUGUCUCUGUGUGUCUGUGUGUGUUUGGAGGGGGUAUUUGACCACUGGAGGGUGCCACAUACAGGGAGAGGCCUCUCUGAGGAGCUGAGCUGAGUCCUAAACGUUGAGGACUCCAAGCAGGCGGGGACGGCAGGUGCGAGGCCCAGGCUGAUUGGGUCAGGGUGGGGUCCUCACCCAGCCGUCUCUAGGCUGCCCAGUGAUCUGUCUUACAAGGAGAGGAGGGACGGGUCAGAUUUUUCUCUUGGGAUUUAGAACUACGAAACAAGAAAAGACUUCCCUUGGCAGUGGGAGCUGAAGCCAGAGGUCGAGGGGGCUGCAGGCAGAGGUGGCGUGCAGGCAGACUUUGGGGUAAAGCAGAAGCUGCCAGGCGAGCAGAGGAAGCCGGGCAGGCUCCACCUGGCCCGCGACGACGGAGCAGGAGAAUGGGAGUCCGCGGGGCAUCCGCGGGUGUUUACCAUUGGUGGGCUUCCUGGAUCCAUCUUGAAACCUGAACCACUUUGCAGUUCUAGUCUGCAGGGAGUCCCACCCCGUCCGUGGCUUCUGCUCUUCGUUUUUCCAGGUGGUCUGUAUUCUCAGUCUCUCAAUAUGUAUCUUUUCAGUAAAUCUCCGUUUUAUUUAUGCUAGUUCUCUUUUGCAGACACGUGAGUUGGACUCAAACAGAGCCAUGUGGACCUGGGUUUGGAUCCCUGGGUUUCCUUUCUGAGCUGAGUCUUUGAAGAGUUACUUAAUUUCUGUAAGCGUCAGGAUCCAAAGACCAUCUGCUUACAGCGUUGUACAGAUUAAACGAGACACCAGAAGUGGAAGGGCCUGCAGAGCGUUUAACACAGGGCAGGUGCUCAGAGUUUGUUAGGGCCAUUCUCCUUUCCCUUCACGUUUUACUGGGUUUCUGAUUACACACUUCCCUCUUGGAUUGAAUUGUCCUGGUUUUAAGUCAUCCUUCUUAUCGUCAUCCCUCCACCUCGGUCCUCGUUUUAACUGCCCCUAAACUCUUAACUGGAAGAACAUCACGCAACUCCCUUCUCUGAUACAUGAAUUGACGUGGUCACUGGUCUUCCUGAGGCCAGUUAUGUAGCAAAGGCAUAAAUGGGAUUUAGAUUUAUUCAUAUUUGUACUGAGGUGAGCUGGGCCUGCUUAAAUAGCUCAGAGCAGUGACUUCCAAAGACAGAGUGGGGCCCGGAUGGAAAAUGGUGACUAAAGGAAGAAGGGGUGUGUCAAAGCUGUCUCAGAGAGAUCAGGGUCAGAAGAGGAGGGAAAACGUGGAGUAAGUGUGGAGCAGAGAUGUUUUUCUUAGACCUGGGCCUGCAGGGGCAGACAAGUGCCAAGGCCUCAGUUCUGGGAAGCCCUUCCAGCCAGGGCUCAGCCGCCGUGCAGAGGGCCCUCCAGGCUGGGGCCCCAGGGAAGGCUCUUAGGGGGCGCCUCUGGUUUGUACUGGAAGUGGCGGCUGGGAUGAAUUAGAUGCAAACGGAGGUUGCCUGUUGGGUAGGGAUGGGUGUGUGACAUGCAGAAAAGCUGUGCUCGGUUUCUCCGCCUGUGGGUCACGACCUCUUAGGUCUUCACAGCAGGGGCAGGAGAAGCAGUUUUGUCCUGCGAUGUUGGGAGACAUGGCUGGGAGAUGUGGCAGAAGAGAAAUUAAUGACUGCAGAAGUAAUUACGGGCUCUCCAAAAGAAAUUUCCAGGCCCUUAGAAAGGACCAUGGCUGACAAAACGGAAGAGGCUGGUGGCGUCCACUUCCCUUUUCCCUUCACACCCUAUGCCAUCCAGAAAGACUUCAUGGCAGCGCUGUACCAGGUGUUGGAGGCUGGCAAGAUUGGGAUAUUUGAGAGUCCAACCGGCACCGGAAAAUCCUUAAGUCUCAUUUGUGGGGCCCUCUCCUGGCUCCGCGACUUUGAACAGAAGAAACAGGAAGAGGAGGAGCGUCUCCUUGAGGCCGGAGCCGACCCCUUAAGCGAUGGGAAGGGCCAGGCCCCGUGUCCCCCACCCUCCUGCCAGCAGAGCCCAGGCUCCCCGAGGGCCGCUGGAGAGCCCGACUGGGUCACUCAGUUUGUGCAGAAGAAAGAAGAAAGGGAGCUGGUGGACCGGCUAAAGGAGGGGCAGGUCAGGAGGAAGAAGCGAGAGGAGCGCCUUCGGCAGACCCGUCACAACGCGCCGCUCAAGUUCGCAGCCAAGCGCGUGAGACAGGAAGAGGAAGAAACUGAGCGUCUCCUCCGCCUGAGCAGGGAGAUGCUGGCAGCAGGCACGGGGCCCGAGCAGCUGGCCUGGGGGGAGGAUGAGCUGGUCCUCGCCGAGUACGAGAGUGACGAGGAGAAAGGCUCAGCCAGCGGAGUAGACGCGGAUGAGGAUGACCUGGAGGAAGAACAUGUAACUAAGAUUUACUACUGCAGUCGGACGCACUCGCAGCUGGCCCAGUUCGUGCACGAGGUGCAGAAGAGCCCCUUCGGCAAGGACACUCGGCUCGUCUCCCUGGGCUCUCGGCAGAAUCUUUGUGUCAAUGAAGAUGUGAGAAAGCUAGGUUCUGUGCAGCUCAUCAACGACCGCUGUGUGGAGCUGCAGAGAAGCAAACACGAGAAGAAGAGCGUCGUCGAGGAGGAGAAGCCCGGGCGGAGGAGGAGGCUGGAGCCGCGGGCCACCUGCCCCUUCUACAACCAUAAGCAGCUGCAGCUCCUCCGGGACGAGGUCCUGUUGGAGGUGAAGGACAUCGAGCAGCUGGUGGCCCUGGGGAAGGAGGCUCGGGCCUGUCCCUACUACGGGAGCCGGUUCGCCAUUCCAGCAGCCCAGCUGGUGGUGCUGCCCUACCAGAUACUGCUGCACGCGGCUGCCCGGCAGGCGGCGGGGAUCCGGCUGCAGGGCCAGGUCGUGGUCAUCGACGAGGCCCACAACCUGAUCGACACCAUCACCGGCAUCCACAGCGUGGAGGUCAGCGGUUCCCAGCUCUGCCAGGCCCACUCCCAGCUGCUCCAGUACAUGGAACGAUAUGGGAAGCGCUUGAAGGCCAAGAACCUGAUGUACAUCAAGCAGAUUCUGUAUGUGCUGGAGAAGUUCGUGACUGUGCUGGGCGGGAACGUUAAGCAAAGCCCCAAUACCCAGAGCCUGUCUCAGGCAGGGACGGAGCUGAAGACCGUCAGCGACUUCCUCUUUCAGAGCCAGAUCGACAACAUCAACCUGUUCAAGGUGAAGCGUUACUGUGAAAAGAGCAUGGUCAGCAGAAAGCUCUUCGGCUUCACAGAGAGGUACGGGGCGGUCCUGGCGCCCUCCAGGGAGCAGCCCAAACUGUCCGGGUUCCAGCACUUCCUGCAGAGCCUGCAGUCGGGGGUGACUGCGGCUCCUGCAGCCCCCGCGGAGGAGGGGGAGGACAGGGCACUGCGGCCCGCUUCCCCGCUGAUGCACAUCGAAGGCUUCCUCGCAGCUCUCACCACUGCCAACCAGGAUGGCAGGGUCAUCCUGAGCCGUCAAGGCAGCCUCAGUCAGAGCAGCCUCAAAUUCCUGCUCCUGAAUCCAGCCGUGCACUUUGCCCAGGUGGUAAAGGAAUGCCGGGCGGUGGUCCUCGCAGGGGGCACCAUGCAACCGGUGUCCGACUUCCGGGAGCAGCUGCUGGCGUGUGCCGGGGUGGAAGCUGAGCGCGUGGUGGAGUUCUCCUGUGGUCACGUGAUCCCUGCAGACAACAUCCUGCCCCUCGUCAUCUGCAGCGGGCCCUCCAACCAGCAGCUGGAAUUCACGUACCAGAAGAGAGAGCUGCCUCAGAUGAUGGAUGAGACGGGUCGCAUCCUCUGUAACCUGUGCAACGUGGUGCCGGGAGGGGUGGUCUGUUUCUUUCCCUCCUAUGCGUACCAACGCCAGGUCCACGCCCACUGGGACAAGAGUGGCCUGCUGGCCCGCCUGGCUGUCAGGAAGAAGAUAUUUCAGGAGCCCCAGAGAGUGAACCAGGUGGAGCAGGUGCUGCUGGAGUAUUCCAGGUGCAUUCAGCACUGUGGCCAGGCAGGGGGCAUGGUGACAGGGGCCCUGAUGUUCUCCGUGGUCGGAGGGAAGAUGAGUGAAGGCAUCAACUUCUCUGACAACCUUGGCCGGUGUGUGGUCAUGGUGGGCAUGCCCUUCCCCAGCAUCAGGUCUGCAGAGCUGCAGGAGAAGAUGGCUUACCUGGACCAGACCCUCGUGAGUACCGCCAGUGCCUCGGAGGUCAAAGGGAGGGGGCACCCCACGGCUGUGACUCCCCCUUGCCCUGGGACGUGUGUGUCCCGUUUGCUCCAGAGCGAUGGGACGCCCCCUCCACAGCCCCUGAGCUUCUCCAUGCCAUCACCUAUCAUGCUGGCUGCUGUGCCCAUGAGGCCCACGGGUCCCGCUCCAGAGCCCGGCUAUGUCACUGUCACUGAGAACACUAGGAGGAGGCAAGAGUCCGCUCUGACGGGUCACCUCCUUUGCCCUUCCCAGCCCCGAGCCCCAGGCCAGGUGCCCCCUGGGAAGGCGUUGGUGGAGAACCUGUGUAUGAAGGCCGUCAACCAAUCCAUAGGCAGGGCCAUCAGGCAUCAGAAGGAUUUUGCCAGCAUCGUGCUCCUGGACCAGCGGUACGCCCGCCCUCCUAUCCUGGCAAAGCUGCCGGCCUGGAUCCGGGAUCGCGUGCAGGUCAAAGCCACCUUUGGCCCUGCCUUUGCUGCUCUGCGGAAGUUUCAUAGAGAGAAGUCUGGCUCUUCCUGACAGAUGGCUGCACCACUGCCUGGUCACCAGGCCCUCCUUUCACCCCGCCCACUAGGAAUGUUGUCUUGGGCCUGGUCUGCAGCGAUCCUGCCUAAGAAGUUGUGAAGCCCAGGUGGCGAGCGCGGUAGCCCCCUUUUGGAAUCAGUGGGCUGCCGGGACCUAGGAAUAGGUGGAGAAGCCAACAGGAGAAAAUGAGGCUGAUCCUGAAGGAACAGUGCCCCGCCAUUCCUGGGCCCGUCCCAGGGCAGGUGCCCUCCCUGGAAUUGAGCCUGUCUUCCACUCGGCACAGCCCGGAGUCCAGCUCCCUGACCUGAUUCCCGGCCAGCCUUUGUGAGCGACUGUGGAGGCCACAGCACCUCCGCCCUUGCUUGCUUCUCAGUAUCCACAUUCUUAGAGGUGAGGUGGGGCAGGCCCGCCCUCCCUCUCCUUUCUCGCUAAAAGUAGCUGUUCUAGGCCUUUCACCCUCUCUCGGGGCUUCUGCUCACCCUAACCACCUUCUUGCUCUGAGUUGCUAAGAACUGCUCCCCACUCCUGCCCGCUGGUCUUCCUGCAGGCCCGCUCCUGGCCCUGCAGCAGGAUCAGCUUCCCGGCUCGGCUCUAGGUCCUCCCAGGCCGGGGCCCCUCCCUCCCUCCCUCCCCACCAGCACCAGCACUGGAGCCCACGCGGAGACUCCUCUUUGCCUGACAUCAGCAAUUAUGCUGAGGGCCAUCAGGCUCUCAGGGAGGCUAUUUUUAGCGACCCCGUGUCUGUCACUGAGACAUAUUUUCCUGCGUGGAAAUGUCCCUCCCCCUGCUGGCCCCUGCUGACCACGCCUCUCCCUGCCCCCGCUACCUGAGACCCGGCCUGGAGGGACAUCACCUGCAUUUUGUGCAGCUGUGGUCUCUUAAUUAAGAGGGCGCUGUUGGGUUAUGCUCGG